UGUAUGCUCAUUUCAUUGUGGACACGCCUGUGCUUGUGUUGGAACAAGCUCUGUGGAGGCGUAAUCUCACAGGGGAGACUCUCUCCACCUCUGUGCAGGAUCCGAGAACAAGAAAUUUGACGCUGCUGUCCAACACAACCCAGGCAUUUAACUCCAAAAGCCAAAGAUGCCAGAAACCGCAGAGGCUGUGUCAGCCACUCUCACCACCAACAGAAACUGCACCAUAGAAAUAACCAAUGUCAGCGGUAGCUACUGCCUCAUCAACCCCAAGGUGUACAUGCGGAGUGGCUUCUGUCACCACCCGCCCCAGCCCACAGUGCGCACCACCAAGACUGAAGUGUGCUCCUUCACCAAGGACGACAACACGGCCACUGGCGCUGUUGGCCUGCUGACCUACGACCUGUUCCAUAUGCAGAGCCGGGUUUGCUCUGAGCGCAUGGCCAUCAUGUUCUCCGUGCCCUUUGACCACAACCUGUACAAGAACCGGCUUGCCAUCGGCGUGGUCGAGACUUCCCGUGCCUGUGACAAACAUCUGUACGACCAGCUGUAUGACGGGAAAGACCUCAGUAACUUCACCCGCUCUGACACAAAUGGCUCUGGGCUGGAAUAUAAAGCAACAUAUGUUGAUUUGAGGGCUACGAUGUCUACUAUCGGCAGGGCCAUUGUUAAAGUGGAGCUCUACGAUAAAAUGGGUCGUUAGUGUGUACUGAUGGGCUGUUUUGUUUUUUUGUUUUUUUGUACUUUUGUACCCACAGAAUAAAUAAACUUCAUUUGAUUUGACUACUAUUACAUGUUGUCAUCCAGAAAAUCAUCCAGAGGAGAGGAAGACUGAUUUUGCUGUCAUCUGUAUUUUGUGUCUGCUGAAAGAUAUCAAUAUCUGACAGCCAGCUCAUUGAUUCUCCAUUAGCUUAUUCCUUGGGCUUAUGUACAUCAUACACUCCCUAUUGUUUGAUUAUGGUAAUAAAACAUUAAAAUGCAA